AUGCCUCAGUACACAUCCCGCGAUGGUGGCGACCCGUCGCAGAUCAAGAAGACAAAACAGAGCAUGGCCGACCUGAAGCUGCGGCGAUUAACAGAGCUCAACAACCGGUUGCGGGAAGACCUCGAGCGCGAACGAAUCCCCGUCAGUCAAGCAGCCAAGAGCAUCAUUGCCUAUUGUAACAGCACCCGGGACUACAUGGUUCCAUCGGUAUGGGGACUUGUACCGAAGAGCGAGGACCCGUACGCACCGCAACAAAGCGGCGGAUGCUGUGUAGUGAUGUGA